CUCCAGCGCCUUUUGUUGUCUUCAGAACUGGGCAGCUGGUUUCACGAAAAAAAAAAACCUAAAUUAUUCAUCAACGUUGGUGUUGACCGUAAGAUUAUGGAAGCGGUCCGCGCAGGCGAAAUAAGACGAGUGUUUCGGUCUAAAUGUGAAAUCCAACUCAAAAUGCCAGUAAAUCAAGCGACUCUUAGCAAGCUAGAAGCCGUCUUAGCCCGACUGGAAUUAGUAGCCGAUAAACUUGGCCUAGCUGAGUGUUCGAUUAAAAAAGGAGGAACUGAAGCGGACAUACAGGCUUUAGUGGAGCGUCUCGAAAACGUGGCAGGAAAACUCGAACAGCUAAAAUCUGGAGCGAGCGGCGAAGGAUCUGGAAAGAUUGUUGAGUUCUACGAUGAGUUUCUCAAGGGGAAGAUACAGGUCUUUUUCAAAUUAUCAAAUGAAAUAGGAGGCGAUUUGAAAGCACAGGUGGAUCUAGCCAAAAACACUUUUCAAGCACUGAGGGAUUUUCUGAUGAAAGCUUCUCAAACAAAAAUACCUUCUAGAAAUGAACUUGCCUCCAUGGUUAAACCCAUUGCUCAGUGUAGAGAGGAAGUGGAGGCUUUCCGUGACCGUAACCGUUCCAGCAAGCAGUUCAAUCAUCUGUCAGCGGUCAGUGAGGGAAUGGAUGCAUUGUUAUGGGUUGGAGCGCCCGGAAAACCAGAUAUUUUUGUGAGGGACAGAAAAGAUGGAGCAGUUUUCUACGCAAACCGAGUUUUGAAGGACUUCAAACAAAAUCCAUUGCACACUGAAUGGGCUCACAGUUUCAUCGGCGCUUUGAUUGAACUACAACAGUACUGCAAAGAGUUCCAUCCGAUGGGUGUCACGUGGGCGUCUUGACUGAGAGAAAGGAAAAUACAUAUACUUUUAAUGGCCGCCAGUUAAUCUAAGAGAGGCUGGGUAAUGCACAAAAGAUAGAGGCUCACUGGCGACUAAAAACAGGAGGAUAAACCUCGAAUGAUUUAAAAAUGAAUGAAAAAUAGCAAAAAAAAUUUAAUGGUAUUUCUUGUUCUGUUUCGUUUUGCCUAAAAAAAAGAGUUUGUCGUUUAGCAAAUACGAAUAAGUGUACCUGCAACCACCGUGCCCAAUUCCCCGCUUCUCGUCUGGACAUAUAGAGCCGCUUAGACCAAAGAAGCAGUGGUCACAUCAAGGAACUUGGGUAGUUUUUCUUUUCUAGUCUGUGAAUUUUUGCGGUAAAAUUUUGAGACAACGGUAAGUCAACCCAACUUGGAUUGGGCGGAGCUAGGAGCCUAUUUUAGGCGGAGUUGUGUUUUUGGUGAAGGAAAAAGCCAGCACUACACCAAGCUUGUCUCGCAUAAAAAUAUGAAUGAGUGAUCGGCGUAUAUUUUCAAUGGGCCACUGACCUCAACUUCACCUCAGUAUAUUAGAUAUUGUGAUUAUUCUAAUAAACUGCGUUAAAAAAUUGCCGAUGGUUGCUAAAAACCCUCGCGUUUCUACAUUUUUAACAAUCCCCGUCAACCCUAAUACCCAGCGUCCAUAGAAACUGGGACGAGCGAUAACCAUGACGUCAUCAGAGGAACAGAUUUGCGAUGAGAUUAACUGCUCUCAACGAAAAUUGACGUGACACAGUUUUUCCUCCGUGUCGCUCUCAACAUGAAUAUAAUUUGAUCGCCUUGAUGUUUGUUGUUCCCACAGAGAUUAUUUCAUGGUACUAAACAGCCUAUUUGAUCUUUUAAUGAAAAUGGCUAAAGUUAUUGUAAUAAUUUUAGACUCCAGAGUUAACCUGUUGUAUCUUAAUCAAAAUAGCAAAGGAAGACAUUGUUAAAUUGAGUAA